AGAAGGAAAUAUAUUUUUCUCUGUUUUACAAAACAAAUCUCGAAAAACACUCUUUUUGGGUUGGCUGUCAAAUCUUGGCGUCGACAUAAAAUUAAAGUUUCUUUCUUAAAAACUUGUGGAUAUAUCCGACGUUUAAAUGUUUUAAUAAAAAAUGCAAGAGAAGAAUUCAACAAGCAAUGGAUCGGCUGGGUACAUGCAGACAAAACGUAUGAUUAAUUUAAGUAAUUCAUCAGAUGAAUAUCUUUCGGCAAAUGAUGAAUCUUUUACAACGAUAACUACAGGACAACAGCAAAGUGUGGUGGGUGGAACAACAACAACAACGACGACAGCAGCGCCGCCACCAUCAUCGCAACCAACAACAUUGGCAGCACGCAAACAAUUAUCUCCUGCCGACCCGAAUGAGCCAGCCAAACCCCUAUCCGCAUAUGCUUUGUUUUUCCGGGACACAGUCAGUGCCAUUAAGCAGCAGAAUCCGAAUUGUACAUUUCAGGAGCUAUCGAAAAUUGUGUCUUCUAUGUGGGAGGCCCUGGAUCCGGUACACAAAGCCGUAUACAAUAAGAAAAACGAGUUGGCCAAAAAUGAGUACAUUAAACAAAUGAGAAUAUAUAGACAACAACAGCCAUCACAAACAGCAGCUGUAGAAGGUAGCAAUAAUAACGUAAUACAACAAACACAAUCUCCAACCGUAAACCAAACCCUAGCCACAGCCAAAGCAAAUCUAUUUCCAAACAUGAAUCUGAAUCAGCAAACGGCAACGAUUUUUAAUCAAAACAGUGCAACAACACCAGUUGCCGAGUCAAUGAUCAAUAACACAGUUCCGGUUACAACACCCACCGUUGUUACUAAUGCCACCACUACUACCGUUAAUGCUACCUCUGCCCCUUCGGGCGGCGAACCAAUGCAAAUUGUCAACGAUGGUGAAGUCAUCCAGAAAUGCACAAGGGAGAAUUGCAAUAAACGAGCCAUUGUCAAUCCCGACUGGGAAGAUGAGUACUGCAGCAACGAAUGUGUUGUCAUCCAUUGCCGUAAUGUUUUCAAUGCAUGGGUACAAGCCAAUUUGGAGGCCAAGAAACAGCAAACAAGUGAUAUGCCAGCACAGACACCCGGAGCUAAUACGUGAAACUAGUCGGACGGCCUUAGAUGUUUUCUUUAAUAUCCACAGAUGCUAACUUAACCUUUCCGCAAACUUACAACAAGAGUUUUGUAAUGUUUUGUUUUUAACUAUUGCCACUUGAUUGGCUUUCAAGAGGAGAAAAGCGAUGAAAGUUUAAUUUAAAUGCAAUGCAAUUAUUUUUGGUAUUUUAAUGGAUUUCGAAAUUGAGAAAUGCAAACAUUUAUUAUUAUUAUUAUUUUAAUUAUUAAAUUUUGAAUUUAAUGUAUUUAAAAAAACAACACAACAAAUUUUAUAUAUAUACAUAGAAAAUAAAUUAUUAAUUUUAAGCUAGA